AUGCUUAAUAAUUUGAAUUAUAUUAUAAGAAAGAAAAAAAUAAGCAGCGUAUUGUUGCUACCAAAAAAGUUUAAUUCUAUUCACAAAAAUUAUAUAAAAACUAGUAUAUUUAAAGAUGAUGAUAUAUAUAUAGAUCCUCUUGAAGUACACAAUGAGCAAAGAAACAAAACAAAUUAUCUUAGUUGUGGAAAUCCAGACGAGUGUGUAUACAACAGAAGUAAUGUAGGCAUGAAUACAAUUAUAAUAAAUAAUAAAUAUAUUAAUAUAGAACUUGUAAAUAAAUUAUAUAAAAUCCUUAGAGAUAGUGAAGUUAAUUAUACUAAGAGAUUCAUAUUCUUAACUUCGUUAUAUAAUGAUACAUUUAAUUAUAGCUAUAAUUUAUAUGAUAUAUUAAAAAUAUUAGAAAUAUAUCAAAAAACGAAAAAUAACCAUUAUUUAAACAUUUUUAAAAAAAUAUUAAUAAAUAUUAAUGAAUUAGCAUAUUUAAUAUUUUCAUAUAAAAAACCAUUUAUAUCUUAUUGUAAUGGAAAAAUACAAGGAUCUGCUGGAUUUUUAACAUUUCUUGCUAAUAAUAGUUCAUCUUAUUUGCAUUCGUCUUAUUCAUAUAAUAAUUUAAGUUACUCAUUCUUACCAUAUGGUGGCAUUUCGUAUAUACUAACACAAUUAAGAGGAUCGUUAGGCUUAUAUUUAGCAUUAACUGGUCUCGAAAUAAAAUCAUCUGAUUUAAUUUGGUCUGGUUUAUGUAAAAGAUGGAUAUCAGAUGAUAGCUUAGAAUUAAUGGAAAUAACAUCAGAAAGCCAAUUAGAAGUUUCUGAACAAAAUGCAAAUAUAUUACUAGAAGAACAUUUUUUAACAAUCCCAGAAAUAUACACAUUAAAAAAUUAUGAAGAAAUUAUACAUGACCAUUUUAAAUAUAAUAAUUUGUUAUAUAUAUUAAAGAAAUUAAAUGUUUCGAGAAAAAGUGAAAAUAAAAAAAUUAAAAAUUGGGCUGAUCAAACUUAUCAAAAAAUUACUUCUUUACCUCCAUUAGCAACUCACAUCACAUUUGAAAUAUUAAAUAUAUUAAGAAAUUAUAAAAUGGAAUUAUUAAAAAGGGCACAAAUAACAAAUAAAUUAUGGAAUGAUCUUAUAAAAAACAGUUAUAAAAUAGCAUAUAUAACAAAAGAGGAAAUAAGCAUGGCUGAAUUAAAAAAAACAAUAGACAAUGCACUUUUUAUUAAAGCUUUAAAUAUAGAGACAAAUGCUCUUUUAAAUUUUGUUUCUUGCCCUGAUAUAUUAAAUGGUAUAACAUCAUACUUAGUUAAAAAUACCGAUCAUUCAUUUAAUUCAAAUUAUAUUAAUAACAAUAUAUUCGAAGUCAAAAAAGAUAUUAUUCAAUAUUUUAUUUUUUACAAAAAUAAUUAUGAAUAUUCCCCAUAUGAUAGACCUGAUAUAAGUUUCUCCAGCUUGAGUGUUCUUGAUAAAUAUAAUCAAAAUUAUAAUAGUCAACAUGGCAAUUCUCAUGACAAACUAUUCUACCAAAAUGAGGUCAAAAAAUGGAGCGACGAUUAUUUAAAAGAUGAAUUAAACAAAAUUAACGACCAACUUUUAUAG